CAUUCACCAUGACUGGGUGGAGCUGCCUGGUGACAGGAGCAGGAGGGUUCCUGGGCCAGAGGAUAAUCCGCAUGUUGGUGCAGGAGAAGGAUCUGCAGGAGGUCAGGGCCCUGUAUAGAGUCUUCAGACCACAGAACAGGGAGGAAUUGUCUAAGUUGCAGACAAAGACCAAGGUGACAUGGCUGGAAGGAGAUAUUCUGGAUGCCCAGUGCCUGAGGGCAGCCUGCCAGGGCCUCUCAGCCGUCAUUCACACAGCUGCCAUUAUUGAUACCGAGAGUUUCAUUCAGAGACAGACCGUCAUAAAUGUCAAUCUGAAAGGUACCCAGCUCCUGUUGGACACCUGUAUCCAAGCUAGUGUGCCAUUCUUCAUCUACACCAGCUCAAUAGUGGUAGCAGGACCCAACUCCUACAAGGAGAUCGUCCAGAAUGGCCAUGAGGAAGAGCAUCAUGAAACGACAUGGACGGCUUCAUACCCCUACAGCAAGAAGCUGGCUGAGAAGGCUGUGCUUGCAGCUAACGGGAGCACUCUGAAAAAUGGGGGCAACCUGUGGACUUGUUCCUUAAGGCCCCCAUACAUCUAUGGGGAAGGAAGCCCUUUUCUUUCUGGAAUUGUGAAUAGGGCCCUCGGGAACAAUGGAGUCCUGGAAAAUAAUGGAAAGUUCUCUGUAGCUAACCCUGUCUACGUGGGCAACGUGGCCUGGGCACAUGUUCUGGCCUGCAGGGCUCUGACGGACCCCAAGAAGGCCGUGAGCAUCCAAGGACAGUUCUACUACAUCACAGAUGACACACCUCACCAAAGCUAUGAUGAUUUCCAUUACAACUUGUCCAAAGAAUGGGGCCUCCGCCCUGACUCCAGGCUGAGACUUCCUCUCUCUCUGAGGUACUGGCUUGCCUUCCUGUUGGAGACAGUGAGCUUCCUUCUGAGUCCCAUUUACAAAUAUCAACCUCCCUUGAACCGCUAUUUACUGACAGUAUCAAAUAGUGUGUUUACCUUCUCCUACAAGAAAGCUCAGCGAGAUCUGGGUUAUAAGCCCUUAACCACCUGGGAAGAAGCCAAAGAGAAAACUGUGGAGUGGAUUGGCUUCCUGGUGGAAGAACACAAGGGAGCACUGAAGAAAAAGACUCCCUGAUGGGCAGAUGGCAGGGAAGGGGGCCCGGGUUUUGUCAGGAGCUAUAGGUUGAGCUCCUCUACCUGGCUCCCUCCAGAAAGUGACCAAUGAACCAUCCCAGGUUCUUUGACACAAUGGGUACAAGGGGAAUGACACAACUUAGAAGUUUCCUUGAGCCACCAGGAGCCUCUUGGUUUUAUUCCCCGUCUCCGGUGCUAAAGCAUUUCUUUUCUUUGGACAUCUCCCGUUCCUUCAUAAAACUUAAUGAAAACAUCAAGCUGGGU